GAAUGGGAUUGUCAGCUGGUGUAUAGUCCAAGAUUCUUUGUCAGAAUGGGCCUGUCUGACAUGGAAGGUGUUGAACGCUUUUGGUUGCAGGUCCGGAAACUGAUCAAUUUGACCUGGCAACAAUGGCAAUCUUGUCGUAUCUGGAUGCUAGAUGAAUACACCGCAUUCGUGAAUCAGGAGGGCGCUGAGAAGCUUGGUGAUUGGUUGGAUCGCCAGCAGGCCAAUCUUCUCCCCAAGUACCGACAGAGCAUCAAGACAUUACAUGCCUGUCGUGUGUCAGAGAGAGAGCUACAAUCUCAGUGGAGGGAACAAAAAGCGGCGCAGAGUAGCCGAAACAUCAAGGCAUCUGCGCGGUUCCGUAAAGAUCUGGACAAAGUGAUUACUCUCCAGAAUCAGAUCGUGUCUGUUGAGACCGCCAUUCUCGAUGUGAAGAAGUCAAUUGGAACCUCAGGCGCAUCUGUGGAGACGUUGUGUCAUCUUGAUGAGAUGGAGGACACCCACAUGGAGCUCAGUGACCAUGCAGAUGCACUGUAUGCAUCGCUUAAUCUGCGGCACACAUUCCCCCAGCUCUCUGGAUUGCUGGCAAACUUUGUCAAGUUGCUGCUUACAAUGCAUGACUUGAAAGUAAACAUCCGGAAGUGUGCAGUUGGGUCAUUUUAUGAGAUGGAGACUUUAGAUCGUGCUGUAGGUGGGAAGAAGGAGAGUUUGGGAACAAAGUUUCACCAACAGACUCGAAAGGCAAUGGCUAAGCGACAUCCAAUUCUCUAUCGCCUGAUUGAGCGUUUCAAUUUGCUGUGCGAGAAAGCCAAGGAGGAAUUCCCCGCAUGCUGUCAUCUACCUGUUCCCCACCCACUACCCACACAAUUAGCGUCUCUCCAAAAUGACCUAACACUGUACGAGGAUGUCUGCGUCACACCAUCAUCUGGAGCAAUUCUGUGUUGGUUGGACGACUCAGAUGUUCGGGAUGGGAUUCAAAACAUGCACUCUGUUGAUCGAUGCACGGAGGAGAUGCCACGGCUCAACCGAGAGCGUGCCAACCUGGAGCUGUAUCUCCUGGCAGAGACAGCACUUGUAUCCAGAUGCAUCCAUGAGGCAGCAGGAGAUCCACUGCUUCAGCAUCUCCUUCAGCUCCGGGCCACAGAUCUCGAAAGGUUGACUAAACGGUGGCGGAAGUCCUUUGGACAAUACACCUUGAGUCCUUUCUCUGGUGGAACAAUAUUCAUGUCUGGGUUCUCAAGUGCAGCUGCAUCUGCAUCAAAACAUAGCACGCAGACCAACAUCAGCCACCCAAAUCUUGGUGCUGAAAAUCAUCGGCCUCUAUCAACACCAGAAAUCGUGCCAGUUCCGCAGAGUUCCAGUCAUCUUAACAAUCCUGCUGAUGCCAUCAUCUCAUCUGCACGAUCACCUAGCCCUGAUCUGGAUGCAUCUGCUGAGAAUAUUGAUGGGAGCGCAAGUGCUUAUCUUCAUCUUGCAUCAGCGGACAUUCCACUGGUCAAAGAAAUCCCUGAAGAGAACCUUGAUGAUGACAUCGAGAUCCUUGAAAUGCAGGAUACCCUGCAGAAUGUCGGUCUUGAUGAUGACAAGGAUACAUCUGCAUUGGUGCAAUCAGAUGUCAAUGUCGCAAUACAUUGGGAAUGUCCAGAAAUCACAUACGAAUCAACCAUGUUCAUAGAGCUCGAGCAUCGCAACAACAAUCUUAACAAAUAUCGUGGUGAUGUCCCAUAUGUUGUUGUUCGCGGUCACGAGCUCAAGAAAUUGACAAUUCUGGCGGAGGAUCUGGCCAGGUUUAUCAAUCCGACUAGCCUUCUAAGUGGGCAUGGCAUCAAUGGUGUAGCCGCCUCAAUGCUUGCAAUGUUUGGUCAAGAACACAGUCCAUACAAUGUGCAUGCUUGUCGCUGUGCUUUGCUGUCAACUUAUGAGCUUCCACAGAUCCGUUCGGAAGCACGAGACAAGUUCAUGUGGGCUGAACUGUCACCACUUUGCUACUGGGAGAAGGAUUUCUGGAUUCUCCCCAUCCAUCGCGCCUCCCAGCAGCACUGGGUUGUUGCAGUGGCCUCUAUCCCCGAUCAGAAGAUUUUCUUCUUUGAUAGUCUCUCUGGGCACAGCUGCUUCCGGAAGGAACUCCAGGUCAGUCAUUCUUUCACUCGAAUUCUACUCGUACUGAUGCAUCUGCAGGAGUUUGUUUUGCUCAUAUCACGCAUGACCGCCCUUGCAAACCGGCACGGGAAGCGGUUGAACAUUUCAGAAAAUGAUUGGCACGCAUAUUCUCUGUUCACACCGGUAUGUAUUUUGGUCUCAAAUCGAAAUUCCUCUUGCCGACUCACAAAUGUAGGGAAAACCAAAACAAACAAAUGGUUACGAUUGUGGGGUUUGGAUCCUGGCAGUAAUGGGUGCAUUUAUGAGAGGGCAUCAUCUUCCAGCACUGGCUGA